CCCUUCACAUGUCCGCGGCGUCGCGUCACACCCGGAAGCAGCGGCUGGAGCGGAGCCAGCCGCAAUGAGCGGGGACCUGGGGUCGACCUCCGCGGCGCCGGAUCCCGGGGAGGUCCAACCGGGCAGCGGGGUCCGCCUGGUGGUGGAGUUCUGUGAACCCUGCGGCUUUGAGGCGGCCUACCUGGAGCUGGAGAGUGCCGUGAAGGAGCAGUAUCCUGGCAUCGAGAUCGAGUCGCGUACGGGAGGCCCAGGGGCCUUUGAGAUCCACAUCAAUGGACAGCUGGUGUUCUCCAAGCUGGAGAAUGGGGGCUUCCCUUAUGAGAAAGAUCUCAUUGAGGCCAUCCGAAGAGCCAUUAACGGAGAACCCCUAGAAAAGAUCACCAACAGCCGGCCUCCCUGCGUCAUCCUGUGACUACAUGGGAUUUCCAGUUCCUGCUCUGUUCUGGAAUCCAGGCCUUGGUCCCAUUUGGUCCUGCUGCGGGUUCCCCACUGCCUCUUACCCUUCAUUUAGCUCUGGUAGCUCAGAGGCCCUGGUCUCCACUUUGCCCCUUUGGGUACCAGGAAAGAAUAGAAACUUCUGUUGAUCUGGAGGGUGGAAGAGGCAUUCCAUUGGCAUCACCACAGCCACCUUAUACCCCUUCCUGGGAUUAGUGUCCCCUCUCCAGCUUAGCAACACCUAGCAGAGGCCACUGGAGUUCUAAUUUAUUUUCUACUAGCCCCUGGCAAUGUCAACUAUUGGCAAUAAAGUAACACUACAAACACC